CUUACCCGUGCCCCUGCCCGCAGGCUGGCUGCCCGCCCUGCAGCUCGUCCGCCGCGCCUCCAAGGCAGUCACCCGCCAUUGGAAGGCCAUGCACUUCCAGCGCCAGAAGUUGAUGGCCGUGACCGAAUACGUGGCCCCCCGGCCGGCCGUGCCGCCGCGCUGUCUGCCCCCAAAGAAGGAAGCCGAAGUGGUGGAGGAGGACGACGGUUACGUGCGGCUGCUGCGGCGGCAGGUGGAGGAGGCGUUCCGGGAGAACCGGAUGAUCGCCGUGUGCCAGUACAACGCCAUGCCCGGGGAGGACAUGCUGCUGCUGAAGCACUACCUCCGCAAGCACAACAUCGAGGUCAAGUUCUUCCUGAACGAGAUCGUCAGGCCCGUGCUGUCCCAGUCCAAGUAUAGGAACCUCCUCCCUCUCUUCGUGGCCCGCAACGUCCUGCUGGUGAGCCGGGAGGCAAAGGCCAAGGAGAUGCUGCGGGUGCUGAAGGGGGUGCCACAGAUCAACCUCCUGGGCGCCUGCAUCGACGACACCAUCCUGAGCAGGCAGGGAGUGGAGAACUUUGCCAAGCUGCCCUCUCUGGAGGUUGCCCAGGGGCAGGCAGUGGGUGCCCUGUCCCUCCUGCCCUCCCAGACAUCCUCCCUGCUCCAGCGCAGCUCCGCACACCUCACUGCUCUGCUGGACCAGCACAUCCGCCAGCUGCAGGAGGCUGAGGGGGGGACCCCGGCCCAGCCCAGCCCAGAGCCUGCAGGGGCUCAUUGAUGCUGGGACCCGGCCCUGCUCUGUGUGUUCGGCUCCUUCACUUUGGGGGGGCCGAGGGGUGAAGGUUUGGCACCGGGUGGGAAGCCAGUGGCGGGAGUGAGGGUCUGGCAGCACCACCCUGGAGCUCUUCCCUUCGCUCCCUGCACCCAUGGCUGUGGGGAACAGCCCCGCUGGGUUUUGGGUGCUGCAGGCAGAGGGGUGCUGGGAUCACCCAGUGGAAGCUGCAUGUGAUGGGGAGGAUUUGGGGUGCUCCAGC